AUGCAGCAUCGACGUGCUAAAAAUGACUUAAUCUCAGCCAAUUAUUGGGUGAAAAGUGCACUGUUUAUUACGCUGAUACUUAGAACGGUGCUCGUUGCUUACGUAGGUACUCCAACUAUUAUUAAGACGGUAUUUCUCAAAUUAGGACUAAAAAGCGAAAUACCUAGUUAUUUUUUAUGGCGUGUGGAUGAUAGAGUCAGUAGUGUCAUUGUGAGUAUCAUUGGCUUGACAGUGUCAAUACCUGCACAACGAACUUUUCCAGCACCCUGGCGUUCCUUCAUUGGUGCUUUUGGCUUUGCUAUCAAGCAAAUGUUUGAUAUAUUUUUGCCACCAUGGUGCAUCGUUAUUUUACCUGUAUUCGGUGUCUUUGCUAUUCUUACUUUUGAUGUGGACCGCCGAAAACAGGUUAGUAGUGAUAUCAAACGAAGGUCGCAUGACUUUUAA